AUGGUCCCCAAGGCUCUGGGCCUCACGCUGCUCUCGGCGCUUCGGAAGCGUCAAGAUGCAGCGUGCUCAGACUAUUGCCCCUUUGGCACCUUGACGGUUGGCCUCGCUCCGACAGAGACUGUUGUGCAGCAGCCUAUCCGUAUCUCGGGCUACUUCUCUACCGAUGGUCCUAUCACCUUGGCUCCCAACGUUGUGGCAACCGUAACUGGCGCACCGGGAGUCAUCGACACUGUAGUCACAAUUGCUACUAACAACGCCGCGACGAAUACCAUCACAAUUUGUCCUGGAAGCCAGUCCACCAGCAGCCCAUCUGGCAGUGCCACAGGAGGCUCUAGUCAGUCACCUUCCGGCACCAACACCGGAAGCCAGUCCACUGGUGGCCCAUCCAACACGGCCACUGGAGGUUCUACUCAGACGACAUCUGGCACCAACACUGGAGGUCAGUCAACUGGCGGUCCAUCUAGCACAGGCACCGGAGGCUCUAGUCAAUCAACUUCCGGCACCAACAGCGGAAGCUCUACCGGGUCACCAACCGACACCAACAGUGGGAGCCAGUCCACUGGCGGCCCAUCUAGCACUGGAGGCUCGACUGAGUCAACUUCCGGCACCGACACUGGAAGCUCAACCGAGACGACUGCCACCAACACUGGGGGCUCGACUCAGUCAACUUCCGGCACCAACACCUCUGGCACCAACACUGGGAGCUCAACCGAGACUACUGCCACCUCCGCAUCUGGGACGGACACUGGAAGCUCUACGGGGGUAACUGCCACAUCCACGGAGACUACGUCAUCCACAGGCUCUGCCUCUUCUACCUCUGGCACUGAGACUGGAAGCUCCUCUGGCACUGACACUGGCAGCUCGACCGCCACUGAUACCGGAAGCUCCUCUGCCACUGGUACUGGAAGCUCAACUGCCACUAACACUGGCAGCUCGACCGCCACUGAUACUGGAAGCUCUACUGGCAGUGCCUCUUCCACCGCUACUGACACUGGCAGCUCCUCUGUCACCGGUACUGGAAGCUCUACUGACACUGCCUCGUCUACUGGCACUGACACUGCCUCGUCUACUGGCACUGACACUGCCUCGUCUACUGGCACUGACACUGGAAGCUCCUCUGCCACCGACACUGGCAGCUCGACUGCCACUAACACUGGCAGCUCGACCGCCACUGAUACUGGAAGCUCUACUGGCAGUGCCUCUUCCACCUCUGCCACUGACACGGGAAGCUCUUCCACCUCUGCCACCGACACUGGAAGCUCUACUGGCACUGCCUCUUCCACUGCCACCGACACUGGUAGCUCUACUGCCACUACCUCUGGUACUGGAAGCUCUACUGGGACUACUUCAGCUACCAGCAGUGACCAGUCGACUACUGCAGCCACUAGCAGCGACCAGUCGACCACCACAGCUCCCAGCAGUGACCAGUCGACCACUACGACUGCCACCUCUACCACGAGCUGUGUCACUGCUCUGCCAACUGUCUGUGCCACGACCCUACCUCAGGCCUGCCAGGCGCUCGGCAGUGUCAGCGGGCUUGCGCUUGUUCCUCUGGUUCCUCUCUGCACCACUGCCCUCGGUGCCUAUGCUACCGUCGGAGAUAUCGCGACGUGCCUGUCUGCCAGCAUCACCUUGACCACCUCCGGAGCGAACCUUGUCGCUUGCCUCAACGCAGCCACGCCAAGCAUUUGCAUCUCCCAGCUUCCGUCCGCGUGUCUCGCCAUCGGAACCGAUCCCAUCACCCAGGUGCCGCAGGAUGUCGUUGCUUGCACCGCAGCCCUCGGCCCGUUUGCCGUUGGUGCGGCUCUCAACUGUCUCCAGCAGACCAUCCAAAACCCCCUGUCCAUCCUGACGUGUCUGCGAUCGAGCAUUGGACUGGGAGACCCGGCUCAGCAGAUUUGCACGUCGGCUCCGGCCUCGUCGACCAUCGUGACGACGCCGGCUAGCACCGCGACUGAUACGUCGUCGUCUAGUGCCAGCGCUACUACGUCUGAGACCAACACGUCAACGGAUGCAUCCUCUAGUGAGACCAACACUUCAACCGGAGCAACGUCCACCAGUGAGACCAACACCUCGACGGGUUCAUCCACUACUAGUGACAGUAGCAGCUCGACAGAGGCAACGUCCUCGACGGGAACUUCUAGCAGUGAGACCAGCACCUCGACAGGAGCGUCCACCACUGACACUAGCACCUCGACUGCGGCCACGUCUACGACGGAAACUUCCUCAACAGGGACUUCCAGUAGUGACACUUCCAGUAGUGAGACCAACACGUCGAGCGCAACAUCCACUAGUGACACGAGCUCCUCCACCGGAGCUUCCUCUACAGGGUCUUCCACUAGUGAGACCAGCAGUUCAACUGAGUCUUCCACUAGCCAGAGCAGCAGCACUCUCACAACCAUCACCAACACCGGGACUACAACCACUACCACUCCUACUACUACUACUUCUACCACCACGAGCAGCAGCUGCGUACCAACCACCCAGGCGCCAGUCUGUGCCACGGGACUCCCCGCGCCAUGUGCUGCUCUCAGCUCUGCCAAUGGCCUCACUCUGAUUCCCCUGGUCCCCCUCUGCGCCGCCACUCUCGCCGGUCUUGGCACCACUCAGACCGCAGCAUGCCUGGCCACCACCAUCACCUUCACGACCAUUGGUGCCGACAUCGUCGCCUGUCUCAACCAGGCCAUCACCUCGGUCUGCAUCACCUCGCUGCCUCAGGCUUGUCUUGACAUCCCUACCGCCCCUGCCGUCAACCUCCCUGGCGAUGUUGCCGCCUGCACCACGGCCCUUGGCCCCUUCGCCAUCAACGCUGCCGCCACGUGUCUCACCACGGCCAUCACUGAUCCCUUGAACGUCCUGUCGUGCCUGCAAACGGCCAUCGGCCUCGGAGAUGGUAGCGGAGGAUGCCCUACGUCGUCGAUAAACACGACGCCCGUAUCAACCGCGGCGACCACGAGCUCCACCACUUCCGCUGCGGCGACCUCGUUGACUGACACCACGAGCUCGUCGACGGACACCACGAGCCCUACCGCUUCCAGUGCAACGAGCUCUUCGACAGAUGCUACGAGCUCUACUACUUCUAGUGAUACCAGCUCGACCACGGAUUCCACCAGCUCUCCCACUUCUAGUGCAACGACGACAGACACUACGAGCUCCACCACUUCUAGUGAUACCAGCUCGGCCACGGAUUCUACCAGCUCCACCACUUCUAGUGCAACGAGCUCGACUACUGACUCUACGAGCUCUACCACUUCUAGUGAGACGAGCUCCUCAACAGACACUACGAGCUCGACCACGUCCAGCGAGCCCAGCUCGUCGACGGACGCCACAAGCUCCGCCACGUCUACCGAUACCAGCUCGUCAACGGAUUCCACAACCUCUACCGCCAGCUCGACCAGCUCGUCGACGGAUACCACAACCUCUUCCACUCCAAGCUCAACUGGCUCGUCAACAGACACUACAAGCUCUACCGCUUCCAGCACGAGCUCGACCUCUUCUUCCAGCUCUACCACUUCCAGCAGCUCGUCGACUACCACAUCGCCAACUACCACAACCACCACCACUACCACAACGACGAGCUCUACUAGCUGUAUCCCCACCACCACCGGCCCAGCCCCGUCUGCAUGUGUGACCGCUGUCCCCGCCGCCUGCGCAGCCAUCGGUAGCCUCAAUGGCCUGGCGAUCGUGCCCGCUCUCGCCGGAUGCACCCUCGCUCUCGGACCGUACGCCGUCGGAAACACCGCCACCUGCCUGGCCACGACCGCCAUCGGCUUCACCACCAAGGGCUCCGACGUCGUCAACUGCGUCCUCAACUCCCUCAAGAGCCGCUGCAUCACCACGCUGCCAUCCGCGUGCACCAAGCUGUCCACCGAGUCCGGCCUCGCGCUCAUCCCCGACGCCGCCCUCUGCGUGACCGCCCUCGGCCCCUUCGCCGUCGGCACCGCCCUCACCUGCCUCGCCACGUCCUCCAUCACCAGCUCCACCACCGGCACCGGCAUCGUCACCUGCCUGGAGACCGCGCUCGGCCUGCAGGCUCCCACGCCGACCAGCGGCGCCGCAUUCUGCACGCCGACGAGCACCACCGCGCCGAGCUGCUCCGUGGCGCUGCCCUCCGCGUGCCAGAGCAUCGGGACCACCAACGGCCUUGCGCUCCUGACCCAGAUCCCUCUCUGCGUCACCGCUCUCGGAGCGUUCGGCAUCGGCAACGCGGCGCAGUGUCUCGUGACGACCGACAUCUCUAUCAGCUCCGUGGGCUCCAACGUCCUCAACUGCCUCACGACCGCGCUUCAGGCGCAGUGCCCGAGAGCGCUGCCCGCGGCCUGUUCCAACCUCGCUACUGACAACGCUGCCCAGCUGGUGGUUGACAUCCCGCUCUGCACGGUCGCACUUGGACCGUAUGCUGCCGGCGAUGCGCUGAUAUGUCUCUCGACAAGUGGCUUAACCGGGCCGCAGAUUGUUUCAUGCUUAGACAAUGCGCUGGGUAUUGUGGUUUAA